AACUCACGGUGAUUCUGGGAAUCUGAGAUCGAAGCAUCCACCUCGUGAUCCGUCGUGUUUGUUUACGCCUGGCCUGAUCCAGGCGAGAGUGCGUGCCGACGAGCCACGAUCCGCCCAACCUCACCUCGCGCAACUCUCACAGUCUCACCCGUACAAAGCGGUCCGUCGCCCAGAAGCGAACCAAGAAGCAGAGCGAAGUACUACUGCUGGUACCCACACCCACCGCAGCCUCACCUACCACUACCAAGAAGAUGGCCAGCGGCGGCGUGGUGAAGCACAUCCUGCUGGCACGCUUCAAGGAGGACGUGACGCAGGAGCGCCUGGACGAGCUCAUCCGCGGAUACGCCGCGCUCGUCGCCGCCGUCCCCUCCAUGAAGGCCUUCCACUGGGGAACUGAUGUGAGCAUAGAAAACAUGCAUCAAGGGUUCACGCAUGUCUUUGAAUCGACAUUUGAAAGCACGGAAGGAAUCAAGGAGUACAUUGAGCACCCUAAACAUGUUGAAUUCGCAAAUGUGUUCUUGCCUGUGUUGGACAAGGUCAUCGUAAUCGACUAUAAGCCAACUUCGGUCAACUAGUGGUGGACCCUGAACCAGCAGGCGGAGCUUUUUUGCAGUUCUCAUUAUCUAUAUAUCUAUAAUAAUCCUCUGUACUGUUCGUGGGAGGAUUCCAUUUGACUCUACACUUUCUGCUGAAUAAAUAAACUUGUUAGCUUUGUUCCUUGUUAAGAAUGAACUUUGAGUUUUCUGUAACUGCACUUGUUGUAACUUGGCAUGUUUCUUAUUGAUAUCAGAAUUACGUUCCUAAAGACAA